AAUUCAAUAUUUUUGUUCAAGUAUAUACAAUUUUGUUUAUAGACUGUUUUUCACAGUAAAACGUAUAUGAGACAUUUUGUUUAAAAUGGAGAUUUCGAUUCCACCUUUAUUUACAACUUUGAGAGUAAAUGAAACUGAACAAGUUGAUUCUGUAAUAAAGGAAUUGGAAGCAAAGUUGAAAAUCUUGUACUCUGCAAACGGAUACUCAGAAGCCCCUGUUAUAUUUCAACACAGCCAAUUGAAAUCCACCAUAGUGAUACCAACAUUAUACCAGGAUAUAAUGCAUUCUUAUCCUCCAGUAAUAGUAGACCAUGGUUGUGGCAUGGCAGUGUUACGAGGAGCUGAUGUCUUUGUGCCCGGUAUAUUAUGCAUGCCCACAGGUGUACAAGUAGGAGACAAAGUUUCAGUAUGCGCGGAUAUAGGUGGUUCAUGUUUACGUGGUAUGACAAGAUAUGAAGGACAAAUGUUAUUUGUUGGGAACGGUGUUAUGUUGAAAUCGAGGAAUGAUAUUUUUAAAGGGAAUAACAUCACAAAGGGCAGUGGGAUAAGAAUGGAAUGCCCAAUAUUUUUAUCUCUUUGUUUAAAUGAUGUUUUACCGUCAAAGAUAUUUGCACAGAACCUUCCCUCCAUCAUUGUCGGGCAUGUUUUAAAUCCACAAGAGGGAGACAUUGUGCUUGACAUGUGUGCUGCCCCCGGUGGUAAAACCUCACACAUCGUUUCGUUACUCCGAGGACGAGGGAGGUUGGUCGCAGUUGAUCGAUCGUCGAGUAAAGUGGAAAAGAUUAAACAAAACGCGGCAAAACUUGGACAGAUGGCUGAUGUGUUGACUGUGUUUACUGCUGAUUCAAGGAAACUAUGCAGUGAUGAUUCAGGAGAUAAAAGCGAGGAAAAUAAAUUUUCUUCUUCAUAUUUCGAUAAAAUAUUAUUGGAUGCUCCAUGUUCAGCACUCGGCCAACGACCUAAAUGUUGGUUGGAAAAUCAAUCUAACGUUAAUAAGAUGAAAAACAUCAAGUCUUAUCCGGCUUUGCAAAGACAACUUUUUAAUACGGCAGUUAGAUUAUUGAAGCCAGGAGGCACCCUAGUAUACAGCACAUGCACAACAACUGUUGAUGAAAAUGAGGGGUUGGUGGAAUGGGCGUUGGACAAACAUCCUUGCUUAAAACUAUCACAACAUACGCCUCACAUUGGUGGCACAGGGAGACAAGAGGUUACGAAUCUUUCACCAAGUAACUUACAUUCACUUCAAUAUUUUACACCAGGCAGCCCCGUUACAUGCGUGCAGGAACAUCAUAAUGUUCACACAAUUCCAAAACUAAGUAACAAUGUUCCCAGUUUGACCAAUUUACUUGAUUUAGAAGCAGAAUGCAAUCAAGACUCUAUUGGCUUUUUUAUUGCGAAAUUUAUUAAAUCUAAUGAAAGCUAAACAUUUGAUAUCUUUAAUAAUGUUAGAGAAAUUUAUGUUUAAAAUAUUUACCAUUUUAAGGCAACCAAGAUGUGUUUCAUGGAAUUAGAAAAUUAAUUUGUCCCCCAAACCUAAUUUAUGAUAUGAUAAUACAAUAAAAUAAACAGA